AUGGCGUCUUUUGACCCCGAUUUCAACAAAUAUCUUUGGCUAUUUUUUCAGCAAAUAAAGGCAAAACGACAAGCUAAUACGCAUGGCAGUAUUAUAAGUAAAUCGAACACUAACUUCUUUGACAUUCUCUUUGGGAAGUUAGCCAAGAAGAGGAGAGUAAAGUAUAUUUCAACUCUCCUUGCUUACCAAUACCGCGAGCGAGGCAUGUGGAUGAGACCACGCACAGAUGCCUGGUUUGUCAUGGUUGACAAAUCUCUGGACGAUCAAACAUGGUACGCCAACUUUAGAGUUUCAAGGCACACAUUUCAGUUUAUCCUCGAUCAGAUUGAAGAUGAUAUUGUUCAUGAGAAUACAAGGCUUCGCAAAGCAGUUUCACCGAAAUGCAGAUUGGCAAUGGCUUUGUACUAUCUUGCAAGCACUGCUGAAUAUCGCACAAUUGCAAAUUUGUUUGGAGUUUCCCCGUCAUUUGUUUGUAUUUGCGUGAGAGAAGUCUUCCAAGCAAUCAUUGAUAAUAUGAAAUCGUCAUUUGUAUUUUUACCCAAGGACGAGGAGCUUGAUGCAAUUGUCAAAGUGUACAAAGAAAGGUGA